UACAGCUCUACGUGACUGUGUUAUAAUGUCAUGGAAUGCCGAUAUAGCGUACGCUUUUACUCCCUUUAAAAUGUUCACUCUGCCAAUGGGCAUUUGGCCUUUGCAAAAAUAUAAUGCAUUUUCCUUAGUCCGUUCUAUCGUGUACUGCUUCAUUUUGACCGCGUGGAUGAUCAUGAUAUUUCUCGAAAUCAAUUUCGGUAGUGGCAAUGCGUACGUACAGGUCGAUAAUUUUGAAGUUGUAAUCAGCAUCAUUCUUGGUCUAUCAAAGAUAGUGUCCUUCCGCUUAUAUGCCAAGAAUUUGACUCGCAAUUUCUCUUCUGCUGUGGACGAUUAUCUCACGAUAGACACCGAGGAGAAACGCACGAUCAUGCGGCGGCACGCUUAUAUGGGAAGGAUUAUGUGCUUUAGUAUCUUAUCUAUGGCUUAUGUUGCUUCGACAACUUUUAUACUGUUACCUAUGAUACCUAUGAUAACAGGCGAUACGGAAGUUCAAGUUAAUGUAACCAUCAAUGACAUAUCGGAAUUUCCCGUGGCCGUAACAUUUUUAGGGGAGGUGCAUGUAUCUACGAGUUUAUACAUGUUGAUCUGUAUGUUACAAUAUAUGGGACUAGUACUUACUGCUACCAGUAAUUGUGGCAACGAUACAUUUGUCCUCGCAAUUACUCUCCAUGUAUGUGGUCAAUUGGAACUUCUAA